ACACACACACUUCAUGUGUGACUCACCCCCACCCCCACCCCCCCAGGAGUGGCUGGGGACUUCCCCCUGCUGAGGGAGCCACAUGAUAAAUACUUCCUCUCCGAGCGGCUCCGAGCAGACACCCCAGCCUGGCAGGAUGGACCCAGCCCCGGCCCACAGGCGCCCAGGUGUGAUGGGUGCUGUUCCCUGGCUCCCUCUAGUCUUCCUCUGCGGCCACUUCCAGAGCUCAGAUGCAGCUUCCAGUCUCUGCCCAGAAAUCAUCACCCCCCUGAAGCCUGUGAAAAGUCCCGCCUUGGGGAAACACUUCAGUCUCAGCUGCCAGGCUAAGAGUCCCUUCCCGGGGAUGACCCUCAUCUACUGGCUGGCAAACGGCUCCUUCGUGGAGGACCAGUACCUGGACGUGGCAGUGUGCGAAGGGGACGUUGUAACGGAGGCCAGGUACACCGGGGUCCUCCUGACCCGGGAGCUGCACUUCCGCGCCUUCUCCCGGAGGGACUGGAGCACCUCCUUCAUGUGCGUGGUGAGGAACCCAGCUGGGCUGGAAAAGGCCCUUGUCCGCUGGGACCCUGAGCAGCCAGCCCAGGUCUCAGAGCCGCAGCAGGAGACAAGGCAGGACGUCCAGACCCCGGAGACCACCCCCACCGUGGACUGGGCCAAGAGCACGGACUGAGGGCAGGGACAGCAGCGCCAACCCGAGAGGCAGUGAUACUGUGACUGUGGCUGCCAAGUGCCACUUCGCUGGCAAGGCCAUGCCAGCCUCCCUCCACGGCCACCACAGCUGAGCUGCCCUCCCCGGUCCGCUUGCAGCCCAGCAGGGCCACAGCUUGGCUGCCCUGGAGGGGGAAGGCCAGAUUCAGCCCCCGCCCUCGGCUUCUCUGUUACAUUCCCCACCCCAGACACAAGACUCCAGUGAGGGAGGCUCCCGCAGGACUUGCCCUCUGGCCGAGGGCCCAAGGCAGCAGUAAUGGGGCUGGGAAAGGCCCACGUUUGCCCCCUACCCCCAUCUGCAGUGUCACUCUCUCCCCUAGUGAAGUGAGGUGACCAAAGCUGCCCCCUGCUGCCAACCCAGCCUAUGACUGAAGGGGGCAGUCAGCAAUGCCCUGCCUGUUAUAUGGCCAGGACAGCACCUGCUUGGGGCAGGGGCUGGGAGACCAGCAACCCGGGACCUCUCACUGCCACUCUCCACCCAUUUUGCAUUAUUUCAAUUAAAUAAAAACGUAACGCUCUGCA